AUGAGGGCCGUACUGCCCACACGCGUGCCAUUUCUGUUAGCAGUGAGUAUUCUACUGCAUAAUUUGAUCAAUCCAUCGCAAGCGGUACUCUUCGAACGCAAAUCACAUUCGGAGUUGUUCAACGACGAAGUUGACUUGAAAGAAGUUGCUGGCGCAGUGAAAGUUGAAUUACCAGCGAGGCCGGUUUUCUUGGAAAAACAUGGAACCGAGGGGAUCAAUUACAGUCUCGACAAUAGAUCGAGACCAUUCAUCUCUUGUGAUUACUACGAUGUGAAUGCAUGUGAUCCAGCUGUUCGUAAUUGUCCAACGACGAAAAUGUGUUACGCGGCAGCCAGUGAGCAUCGUCUCGGUUGCAUGGCUGCGCUUGUGAACAACUCAUCGAGUCGAGAUGCCAUAAAAUGCUUCUUUGCUAUUGGUGAAUUUUGUGAGAUCGGCAACAACCUCUGCCUGAAAAUUUGGAUUUGUAAAGAGCAGUGCAACUUUAUAGCCCCGUCAACUAUAGGUCCAACUGAAGUGGAUGAUCCAGGCUUGUUCUCAUCGGAUAGCUGGGUAGCUGCCGUGAUUAUAAUUGGUAUAUUCGUGGCAUGUCUUUUGGUUUUAUUGUGCUACUGGACAUAUCGAGAAUUCCGAAGUAGUCAACACAUCAAAGCAAAGGCGAUGAACGAUUUUUCGUUGCCAAGAAUGGGCGAUGCGACAAACCCGCUCAUGGAGCCUCCUAAGGAAGAUGGAUGCCGAAAUGUUACCUCACUUGAGUUCGUUGCCCGCGGUCGUUUCGGACAAGUUUAUCGAGGUGUUUUGGAUGGAGCCGUUGUGGCCGUCAAAGAAUUUCCAUGCGCUGAUGUGAACAGUUGGAUCCUUGAACAGGAAAUUUAUGCAUUGCCUGCACUCCGCAAGCACGACAAUAUUUUGCAUUACGUUGGUGCUGAGGUACAUGGCAGUCGGUACUGGCUGAUCACCGAAUUCCAUCAGAAUGGAUCAUUGCAUGAUUAUCUGAAGCCAAAUGUUCUGACGUUACGUCAAGCACUGAAAGUAAUCGCCACCAUCCUGCGUGGUCUAUCGUUUCUCCAUGAAGAGAAAACGAUUGACGGUGAACUGAAACCAUGCGUCGUGCAUAGAGACUUCAAAUCACGCAACGUUCUUCUGAAAAAUGACCUCACAGCCGUAAUUGCCGAUUUUGGACUUGCACUGAAAUGCGAAAAUGGUCAAAUGCCAGCUGAAGAUCAUCAUGGACAAGUUGGUACCAGACGUUACAUGUCUCCCGAAGUGCUUGAAGGGGCCACUGAAUUUACUGCGUUUGCAUUCCGUCAAAUUGAUGUUUACGCAUGUGCACUGGUGAUUUGGGAAGUUCUCUCAAGAACCCAAUUCUCUGAAGAUGAUGUGGUCUAUGAUUACCGUCAGCCAUAUGAGGAAGAAGCAGGAUUACAGCCAUCGCUACAUGAUCUUCGAAGAAUUGUUGCCGUUCAAAAGGCUCGUCCUGGCAUAAGAGCCAUUAUUAAGGAGCAUAAUAUAGGAUCAGUUUUGUGGAAAACUGUCGAGGAUAUGUGGGACAUGGAACCAGAUGGCCGAAUCACAUCCGGAUGUGCUUAUGAACGUGCUAACACCUUAUAUAUGUCAUAUGCGAGAGAUAAUAGAAAUGACACUGCCCAAAUGCAUAACGACCACUCAUGCCAUGGACCUCCACCUCCGUAUUCACAAGUUCACAGCCAUACGAGUGAGGAUUUAGCGUUGCGACCACCGGCUCUAAUGAUUAAGGAUGGAUCGCUUGGUUCGAAUGGUUUCAACGCGACUAUGGAUGAGUAUGCACAGGCUUGUACGGCACCACCGAACGUUCGUUAUGUGGGAUGUGCGAGUGGUACGACCGAAACCUAUCAACGCUCUGCUUCGACGAGUAAUAGAUGCCAUGCUGACUCGAUGAACGGUACAGUUGCUGGCAGCACAAACCCUGCUACUGAUCACAGAAUUGCGACUGCGUCAAGUGCAUCUCCUCCAACCGGUAAUAAUAACAACAAUAAUGAGAACAGUAAUAAUAAUAACGAUGGUACAGAUGAUACGAUUAAUUGCUAUAACAAUAAUAAUAAUAUUUAUCAAAAUGAUUAUCAUGCGUCCUUCCCACCGUCAUCCUCCGUACACCUCUACAAUAACAUCAAUCGCACUCACGACUCUCCUCCAAUCAUCAAACAACAACCGACGAUAAAUUCUUAUGGUGAAUUAUCAUCGGAGCUGUCCGAUAACAAUAAUACUAAACCGUCAACUACUGACACAUUACCAAACGGUACGAUAAAUUACCAAGCCGCCCACCCUCAGCAAUCGUUAACCGUCUCACCAAAUCGAAUAAUCAGCCAGCAUCCCAUCUCUUCAUCCUCCUCGGUAUCAAUAGAGGAUGGUGCCAUCCCCUUAGCAAGGUAUCAAAUCUUAAGUACUGAGCCACAAAAGGUACCACUCUCAAGGUGA